CGCGUCCGCUAUAAAUAAAGGAAAGCGCCCCACUUCAGAACUCUCUCUCUCUCACACAAACUCCCAAGACCAAGAACGAAAUGGAGGGACGUUUUUUCGGAUGCUUUUCGCUCAUAAUCUUAAUCCAGAGCGCAUUCGCUUACAGGCCAUUACCCAGAGAAGUCUGCCUUCUCCCAGUGGAUGAUGGUCCGUGUAAAGCGGAUAUACCUCGCUUUUACUACGACACCCUGACACAACAGUGUACGGAAUUCAGCUACGGGGGCUGCGGAGGAAACGACAACAACUUCAAGUCUUCUGUAGAGUGCCUUAAGACCUGCUACUCCAUUCCGAAAAUUCCCAGAAUCUGUCGUCUUCCAAGAGAAAAGGGGCUAUGCUUUGGCAUCGCCAAGCGUUAUUUUUUCAACAUGACCUCCAUGCAGUGUGAAGAGUUCUUCUAUGGAGGCUGUCAUGGAAAUAAUAACAACUUCGAAAGUCGUGCCAUGUGCAUGGAAUAUUGCAGUCCUCCAAAGUCUGUACCUGUGAUUUGCCUUGAUGGCUUGGACAAAGGAACAAGCAAUGCUUCUAUACCAAGAUACUACUAUGAUUCUGCCAAAAAAACAUGUAAACAGUUUGAGUAUACAGGAAGUGGAGGAAACAACAACAAUUUUGUCUCCAUGGAAGAUUGCCUGAGGGUUUGUGUUAAAGAAAGCAAACCACAGAAAUCCCGUGGGCGAUCUGGAAGAAUUAGAAGAAGAAAAAUGCGUGCUCAUUUUUAUGAUGUGCUAGUGUAAGCACACAUGUUUAUAAUUUUAGUUUAAUGUAAAGUUGUACCACAUUUUUGUUCAGUAUUUUAUUGUGGUAUAUAUUUUUACAUAUGCAAUUUACAGACACAUACAUACAGUACAUAAAUACAUAUACACACGUGUGUAUGUGUGUGGUACUGUACAAAAGUCUUAGGCACAUGCGAAUAAAUGCUUUAGAGCAAGGGUGUCUUCAAAAAAUGAAAAACAUUGCUAAACAGUAAUUAAUGAAACAAAGUCAGUAUUUGGUGUGACAACGCUGUGAGGACCCUUUAGACUCAGGAGGAGUUUUUUUUUUUUUUUUUUUUAAGGAAAUUAGCUAACAAGUUUUAUUGAGCAUCCUGAAGAACCACCCACAGUUCUUCUGACGACAUUGACUGUUUUUUUUUUUUUUUUUUUUUCAUGUGAAACCCAGCAGUUGCCUUAUGCAGAAUAAUGUGCAUACUGGUAUGUUUAAAAAUCAGAAAUGUGUUUGUUCUAACUCAAUUUUUAAAAAGUCCAUAGAAAUGCUUUCUACAGUUUGUCAUAGAAAAAACACUGAGUGCCUAAGAUAUUUGCACAGUACUGUAUAUAUUUGUAAAAAAAAAAAUAUUUUGUAUGGUGUACAUUUAUAAAUAAAGUCCUUCAGUUUAUUUGUAAUAA